AUGCCCAACAGCAGCGUGGUGCUGAGCAGCCUGGAUGGGAUCUACAUUGGUACCGAGUCCUUGAUCGCUUUGUUUGCCACUUUGGGUAACAUCCUGGUGAUCUGGGUGGUGAAGCUGAACCCGGCUUUUCGGAACACCACUCUGUACUUCAUCGGUUCCCUGGCCCUGGCCGACAUCGCGGUCGGCAUCCUCGUCAUGCCCCUGGCCAUCGUGGUGAGCCUGGGGAUCAGCAUCCACUUCUACACCUGCCUGUUCUUGUGCUGUCUAAUGGUGAUUUUUACCAACGCGUCCAUCCUGUCCCUCCUGGCCAUCGCAGUCGACAGGUACCUGAGAGUGAAGCUGCCCACCAGAUAUAAAAUAAUCACUACAGAGAGAAGAAUUUUGUUGGCACUGGGUUUGUGCUGGUCUUUGUCUGUGCUGGCAGGAUUAGUCCCCAUGUUUGGAUGGAACAGGAGAGCACUCAGAAACUCAGACCUGCUCAAGUGUCGAUUUGUCUCUGUGAUGAGGAUGGAUUACAUGGUGUAUUUUGGCUUCUUCACAUGGACCCUUGUCCCUCUGACCAUCAUGUGUGCUCUGUAUGCUGAAAUCUUUUAUAUCAUUCGGACAAAGCUUAGUCAAGGUACAACCAACGUGAAAGUGGCACGAGCAUUUUAUGGGCAGGAGUUCAAGACAGCCAAAUCUUUAGCCCUUGUUCUCUUCCUGUUUGCAAUAUCCUGGUUGCCCCUAUGCAUUAUAAACUGCAUUUCCUAUUUUUACCCCAAAUUGCAGAUCCCCCAGUAUUUGAUGUACUUGGGAAUCCUGUUGUCCCAUGCCAAUUCUGCCAUGAAUCCCAUUGUCUAUGCUUGCAAGAUAAAGAAGUUCAAAAACACAUACCUUUUAAUUUUAAAGACUCAUAUGCUGUGCAAAAAAACAGUUGUUCUUACAGAGCAAACUACAGACUAA